CUAGUAGUAGGAGUAGCUCGCCAUGGCUGCUUCUUGGGUACUCUUAUUUUUCCUUGCAGGUGUUGGUGGCUGCAUUGCUGCUGCUAGCCAGAUUAGUCUGGGUUCCAAACUGUCGGCUAGAAAUGGAGAAAGUUGGGUUUCAGAUAAUGGGACUUUUGCUUUUGGGUUCACUCCCUCAGACACCCAUGAUCGCCUUCUAAUAGGGAUUUGGUUUGCGCAGCUUCCUGGAGAUAGAACUGUAGUUUGGUCAGCUAACAGAAACUCUCCAGUCACCAAAGAUGCAAUCUUGGAGUUGGACACCACCGGAAACCUGGUCCUUGUUGAUGGAAACGCUGCUGUUUGGGCAUCAAACACGUCAGGUGAUGGGGCUGAGUCUGCAUUCAUGUUAGAAUCUGGCAACUUUGUCCUCUAUACCUCCAACCGCAGCCCAGUGUGGCAGAGCUUUGAGCACCCUUCGGAUACCCUUGUCCCUAACCAGCCCUUGAGAGUCUCAAUGGAGUUAACAUCAUCAAAAUUGCCAUCACAAGCUGGUUAUUAUGCCCUCAAAAUGCUUCAACAACCCACUUCACUAAACCUUGUCUUGACAUACAACUUGCUUGAAUCAUAUAAUGACUCUUCUUUUGAAGAUUAUAUAUCUUAUUGGUACGGACCAGAUAUAUCAGAUGUCACUGGAAACGUUAUUGCAGUACUAGAUGAAGCAGGAAGCUUUGGAAUUGUGUAUGGAGAAUCAGGAAAUGGAGCGGCGUAUCUGUACCAGAAUAAUGCUAGUGACCCUGCAUUGUCUUCAGCUGCAAAUCAGUCCAUUUCCAAUACGCCACUAGCAGUUUUUCGGAGGUUGGUUAUUGAGAGCAAUGGAAAUCUGCGUUUGUAUAGAUGGGAUAAUAGAGUUAAUGGGUUGCACCAGUGGGUUCUUGAAUGGACUGCAGUUGACAAUCCUUGUGAUAUUGCUGGAAUAUGUGGAAAUGGGAUAUGCAGUUUGGACAGCAAUGAUACUAAUGCUUCAUGCACAUGCUUGCCUGGUACUUCUAAGGCAGGCAGUGAAAGUGAAAGCCAUUGCUGGGAAAACUCUUCCUUGAUUGGAAAAUGUGAUCCCCAUAACCAAAAUCAAACAAGUGAAUUCAAGAUGGCAACCGUGCAGCAAACCAAAUACUACUUCUCUCAUUUCUCAGUGAUAACAAAUCACAGUGACAUGACCACAGCGUCACAAUGCGGGGAUGUUUGUUUAUCAGAUUGUGAAUGCAUUGCUUCUGUAUAUGGGUUAGAUGAUGCAGAUCCUUACUGUUGGUUACUGAGGAACCUGGACUUUGGUGGUUUUUUGGAUUCUAGCUCCACCAUUUUUGUAAAGAUCAGAGCUAAUACCCCAUUGGGUGACACUUCACAUGAUUCUGGAGAUGCCCCUAAGAAAGUUGUGAUUCUUCCUAUUGUACUGUGCCUUGUUCUCCUCAUUGGGCUCCUCUGUCUAUUAUUGUACUAUAAUGUCAAUAGAAGGAGAAAUCUAAAGAAAGCUGUGGAAAGUUCUUUGAUUCUAUCUGGUGCUCCAGCGAAUUUCAGCUACCGGGAUCUGCAAACCUGUACCUCCAACUUUUCCCAGUUGCUUGGAGCGGGAGGAUUCGGUAGUGUAUACAAGGGAAGCCUUGUAGAUGGAACUCUGGUUGCUGUAAAGAAACUUGACCGUGUUUUGUCCCAUGGAGAAAGAGAAUUCACUGCAGAAGUAAACACCAUUGGCUCCAUGCAUCACAUGAACUUGGUCCAACUCUGUGGCUACUGUUCUGAGGGUUCACACCGGCUUCUGGUAUAUGAAUUCUUGAAAAAUGGUUCUUUGGAUAAAUGGAUCUUUCCAUCCUACCAUUAUCGGGACAGGCUGCUAGACUGGCAGAACCGCUUCAACAUUGCCAUUGCCACUGCACAAGGGAUCGCAUAUUUCCACGAGCAGUGCAGGAACCGGAUAAUUCAUUGCGAUAUCAAGCCGGAGAACAUACUGUUAGAUGAGAACUUCUGUCCAAAAAUAUCUGAUUUUGGACUGGCAAAGUUGAUGGGGAGGGAGCACUCGCAUGUUGUCACCAUGGUUAGAGGAACAAGAGGGUAUGUGGCGCCAGAGUGGAUCAGCAACCGUCCUGUCACUGUAAAGGCUGAUGUUUAUAGUUACGGAAUGCUGCUGUUGGAAAUUAUUGGUGGCCGGAGGAACCUUGACAUGUCUUAUGAUGUGGAAGACUUCUUCUAUCCUGGCUGGGCCUUUAAGGAGAUGACAAAUGGGACUCCGAAGAAAGUCGCAGACCCGCGACUGCAGGGGGCAGUGGAGGAAGAAGAGCUAGCUCGAGCAUUAAAAGUGUCCUUCUGGUGCAUACAGGAUGAAGUGUUCAUGAGGCCGUCGAUGGGAGAAGUGGUGAAGAUGUUGGAAGGAUCAGUUGAAAUCAAAAUCCCACCAGUGCCUCACUCGGUUUUGGAAUUGAAUGAAGAAGGGUUGGAUCAAGUUUACAGAGCCAUGAAGAGGGAAUUCAAUCAGAACAGCUCCUUCACCAUCACCACUCAUCCAUCAUCUCGGGCUACCUUUAGUCAUUCCACAAUGUCACCAAGAUAACUGAAACAGUUUUCUUUUGGAUCAUGGAGUUUAAAUUUUCAUGAUGGGAAAGAGCUGCCAUGUAAAAACUUUGAUUAAUUUGUGUUCAAACAAGGGUAAAAUGCAGAUCAUCUCAAUGUAGGAUUUGUUGGAGUAAUAAUUCUAGAAUUAAAAU